AUGCCACCUGCUACGCCCGCCAAAGAUGAUGAGGCGCACCAGCUGCUUCUGAGUCAACUCGAUAUCGCUGCAGCCGCAAAGCCCUUCCGUAACGCCCACUGGAAGCCCUCGCAGCGCCGCAACAAGAACGUCAAGGCGAUCAUCUCCGAGACCACGCGAAAGGAAGCGUCACAGAUGGCCACACAGGCCAACUCUGGCGCCACCACCCCUUUCGCUGGAACCUCGGGUGUUGCGACCAGUGACGGCUCGAGAACACCUGCUGAAAGUGCUGGCAAGGCCCCCAACAUUGCGCAGGCCGCCCAGAACCUUUCAACACUCGUCCUAGAGAAGAACGCCCGCGCCAUGUUCCCCUCUGGGCCUGCUGUCACCUACACAAACAUCGAGUCCGCACCGUCGCUGGACCCUUCUCACCAGCGCCAUUACUGCGAUAUCACUGGACUAUCCGGCCCCUACACAGACCCGAAGACCCGACUCCGCUAUCAUAAUAAGGAGAUAUUUGGUGUGAUCCGUAGCUUGGCGCAGGGUGUGCCUGAGAGCUACCUGGAAGCGCGAGGAGCUCACACAGUCCUGAAAUAA